UAGAAUGACGUCAUCCCCGCCAAACGAGCCAUCAUAAACACACAAGGUCGCGGUGAAAGACAGAGAACUUUUAUAUCCGUCCAUUAUAUUUAUAUUACAACGGCCACAAGACAGCUACGACAGCUAGCCAUCUAAAGUCAGAUCUAGCUCCCGAAUCAACAUACCAGCAAACACCAUGAGGGAAGUGAUCAAAAUAAGUUUGGGCCAAGGUGGCGUCCAAAUCAUGCUUGACCAGGAGCCCACGGUGUUCGACGAGGUGAGAACAGGAACAUACCGACAGCUCUUCCACCCGGAGCAGCUCAUAUCAGGUAGUUUAAAAAAACACGAACAAGAUCCUAAUGACCCAAAAUAUGCUGCUUGGAAACAAAAGCCUCAUCCUGAGACACCAACAAAAUAUCACCCUGAUGUGAAGUCACCAGAGCCAGUCAAGGGAAAAGUUUUUGAAAGGAUGCCUUUGAGAGUAGAUCUUGAGGCUGGGAAAAAAUACAUGUUUUGCACAUGUGGAUACAGUAAAACUCAGCCAUUUUGUGAUUCUUCACAUAAAGCACCUAAUUUUAUGUCAACAAGGCCUCAUCAUAUCAGAUAUAGACCAAUGCCUUUUCAAGUGGAAGAAACUAAGGAGUAUUGGCUUUGCAUGUGGAAACAGUCCAAUAAACGCCCUUUUUGUGAUGGCUCUCAUAAGCGUUUAGCUGCUAAAUCCUAAAGCCUUUUAAAAUUUACUAUAAUAUUCCUUUAAAAAGAUUUAAAGCAAAAAAAAAAGUAAUGAGUAUUUAUGAUCAAGUGCAAACUUAAUCCCUAUUGGUUCAUCAAUGUAAAUAUGGUUUUUAAUUUACUUUCUUACUCAUAAGAUUAUUAGGCUACCCUAUGUUUAGUUAAAUACAAUAAGGAGGGCUAUAAGCAUUAAAAAAUCCCUCCCUUUUGUUCUUUGUUCAAUAUUUCAAUUACAGAGCUUGGAAAAGUACUAUACUGAAUGUAUGUUUGCUGUUAUGACUGUUAUGCUAUUGUCGUCAUUUAACCGUUAAUUCAUUUUUUGAAAACUAUUGUUCCAAUAAAAAUGAGCAUCCACUAAAUCUAUCAAAUCAUGCACCAAAUUAUUGUGUUGAUGUUCUGUUGUGCCAUGACUUUCUUAGACUCGUACAUAAUUGAAAAAAACAGUAUUCAAACUGUGAAUAAUGUCUUUCAUUACUGCAAAACGAAUAAAAAAUGCUUUUUUUU